AUGACUACUCUCGCUGGAAAGAGAAUUAGCCAGAAUGGCCUAGGCUUGAUGCGCCUUAUCUGGCAUUACGGGCCCACUCCAGACGAGAAAGCCUUCAGGGUGCUCAAAACCGCCCUAGCAGCCGGGGCUAAUGUCUGGAACGGCGCAGACUUCUACGGCCUGCCGGACAACAACUCCCUGCACCUAAUGAAUCGGUAUUUCACUGCCUAUCCCGAGGAUGCUGAGAAAGUGGUCUUCACCGUUAAAUCUGGUCUGAAGGACAUGAAGACCUUCUCGAUGGACUGUUCCCGGAACGGCCUGCGCGCCUUUGCAGACAACGCUCUGAAGAUCCUGGAUGGGAAGAAGAAGAUCGACAUCUUUGGUCUGGGAAGAGUGGAUCCCAAUGUACCAAUCGAGGAGAGCGUGAGGGCUCUGGCGGAGCUCAGGGAAGAGGGCAAGAUCGGGGGUAUCCAGCUGAGCGAAGUGCGGGCGGACACCAUCCGUCGUGCUGCUCGUGUAACGAAGAUCGACAUGGUCGAGGCUGAGAUCAGUCUCUGGUCGAGAGAAGUAUUUGAAAAUGGGGUUGCGGAGGCCUGCGCGGAGAACGACAUUGUCUUGGUGGCACAUACUCCACUGGGUGCUGGAAUGUUAACGGGAGCAAUCAAGAGCGUGGACGAUCUGCCUCAAACUCAUCACCGUAUGGUUCCCCGCUUCCAGCCUGAGAGUAUUGCCCAAAAUCGUCUGCUUGUUGAGCAGCUGGAGAAGCUCGCAGAGUCAAAGGGCUGUACUACGGCUCAGCUGGCACUGGCAUGGGUGAAGGUUCAGAGCAGAAAACCAGGGAUGCCCAUCAUUGUACCGAUCGCUGGUGCCCGGUCCGAGGAACGAGUUCUGGAGAAUACGGCGAAUGUUGAAUUGGAUGAUAGUGACCUUCAGAUGAUCCAGUCCAUCUUGGACAGCUAUCCCGUGGCAGGGGCGAGAUAUCCACCAGCGGCUGCCAGAUUGAAUGAGUACUAG